CGGAGAAAAUACAUCGAUGCUUGCAGCCGUCAAACCGCCUGAAUCUGCUAAUUGUUCAAAUGAUCCAAUCAAUCAGAAAUAUGUUAAUACCUUAUUGGUGGAACGGACCAACUUAGAACGUAGACUUAAACUAAAUAAAGCAUGUACUGAUCAAGGCACACCACAGCAUACCAAUUUAGAUCCGACGAAAAUACAAGAAACAGUUUGGGUCGAGACUAAACAUUCAAUAUUCUAUUGUGCUAUAACAAAGGUCGGAUCAGCGUUUUGGAGACGUACAUUGUCAAUUAUGGCUUCAGAGAAGAAUUUCAGCUCACCCUUUGACAUAUCACAAGGUUUCUUUAAACUAGAACAAUUUAUUAAUAUCAAAAAUAGCUUUAAUGAAAAGGAGUUAGAAAGUUUCUUGAAAGGUGUUACUUCAUUCAUGUUUGUAAGAGAUCCAUAUGGGCGAUUAUUCUCCGGUUAUAUUAACAAAAUAUAUGACACUAAUCCAGCUUUUUGGGGUAGGUACGGGACAAAAGCUGUUCAGUUGUUCAGGAAAAACCCUUCUGAAGUAAGUCUCAAGUAUGGUCACGACGUAACAUUUGCAGAAUUUGUAAAAUUCAUUUUACUCAGGAAGGAACAAAAUGAAUCGAUAGACAGACAUUUCGCGCCAAUGCACGAGAAAUGUAACCCGUGUGGUCAUCCUUACGACUACAUUGGACAUAUUGAAACAUUCCGGCAAGAUACCGAGUAUCUCUUUGAUCAGUGGAGAAACAAAUUUACUGAUUUUAAAAUUCAUUUUGAUGAUUUUGAAAAGGAAACUGUCUUGGAUACGGCCGGGUUACUUAUUCGUCGAAUGUUUAGUUUCUAUACAAAAAACAAACGUAAUUUCAAAUAUCCGUUGUAUAAUCUAGUUCUAAGAGCAUGGUGUGAUCUUCAAAUUCGAGGUUAUUUAUCAAAAGACAUUCCACUACCAUAUACUAAACAUGAUGUGGAAAAUUUAACAGCGGCAAAAAUGUUGGAAGCGGUAUCUGCUGCUUUGGAGAUUAAAGUCAAUCAAACUGCUGUUAAACUCCAGCGACGAGAAUCGUUGCAACAAGCAUACAGUACUGUGUCCCUUGAAGACAUGGAAAGACUUCGCGAAUACGUGCUCAAAGAUUGCCAAUUGUUUAGUUAUGAUGACAGACCAAAACUCCUUUUUGAUAGAAGUAAUAUGUUAGAAACUAAACAUUUUUACUUGGCAGGUAUUUGAAAUAUUUCAAAUAUAUAUUUUUGUGAACAUAAUAAAGCCUUCAAAGUAAACAUAGAAUGGGGAUGUUUCCAGAUAAAAGAUUGACUGUACUGUUUCAUAUUGAAGCAAUUUUUGUCUUUGUCAUACUUACCUUGUACUCAGUUUAUUUUCUGUAUAAUCAAUAUGUACACUAAUUACAAGUAAUUGUCAU